CAGUUGUGGCUUCUGCCGGGAAACGACGUCUUUAGGAGAAGGACUGAACAAUUGACAUUCCUAAGUACCCAGAGUCAGUUUAGUGGAAAAGAAGGAAUAAUAAUCAUUUGGUUGCUUUGCUCCGUUUUACAACCCCGUGUUGCUCGUUUUUUCCGUGCCCGCACCGGGAUUUUAUCAAAAUAAAAAAUAUAGAUCGCACAUAAAGCCGUCGAAUUUCUACUCCCAAGGUUCAUUAGUUAAAUUACUUUUUGCAAUUUGGCUAAUAUGCAGGAAAUCACGACCAUUCAGUGCGACUCCAAUUCAAACGCUUUGGCAGGGAAUGAGCCAGUGUCGUUCUGCUUUGCGUGUGGGGGUGAGAUUAGAGACCAGCUGGUGAACAAAGUGAAUGACAGAUGUUUCCACCUCAAGUGUCUCUUCUGUCACACCUGCCAUGUCCCCCUCUCAGACAAGUGCUACUUCACCAAGGAUGGCACAGUGCUCUGCAAAAAGGACUUCUUCAACCAGUUUGGGGCCAAGUGUUCGGGAUGUGAGAAAGGAGUGGCGCCAACUGAGGUGAUUCGGAGGGCCAAUGACCAUGUGUACCACUUCGACUGCUUCAAGUGCCUCAUCUGCAGCAAGUUGCUCGAGACGGGCGAGGAGUUCUUCCUCAUGGAGAACCAGCAGCUGGUCUGCAAGAACGACUACGAAAUGGCAAAGUCCAAAGCUGAGUUCGAAGAUCUCAAUGGAUCUAACAAACGACCAAGGACCACAAUAACUGCCAAACAGCUGGAAGUGCUAAAGUCGGCAUACAAAAACAGUUCGAAACCAGCUCGACAUAUUCGCGAACAGCUCUCGAAAGACACGGGACUUGACAUGCGCGUGGUACAAGUGUGGUUCCAGAACCGACGAGCCAAAGAAAAGAGGCUAAAAAAAGAUGCCGGACGUCGACUGGCAGUCGCUUCUAACAGUCAAUUUUACGCUUCUGGAAGUGGAAAUCUGACUCCAACUUCAGGAAAGAAACGGGCUAAAAAGACAACGACGAAUAUUUUGGGGCAGCCUAUUGAAAUACCUCCCGGAAGUGGAUUCACAGACGCCGAUUUAAUGGCGGCUCAUAGCAAUGCAGCAGCUGCAAUGCAGCAACACGGCUUGUUUCACUCGAGCUAUGGGCCUCAAAUAUCUCAACCAGUUCUGUUCAGAGACAACUUCUCAAUACCCGGAAUGCAAGGCUUGCCCCACCCACCACCAAAUCACUUGAAACCCUACAUGCCCAUAUCUACUGGCUUACUGAGUCCAAUUGGUGAUAUUGGGUCUGUGGCAGCGUCAGUUUCAGCGUCUCUUGCGAACGUCUUGCCCAAUUCUCAUCACGUGGACUCCAGGUUUUCCCAAUUGAUGGGUGCACAUGCGAACCCAGGGUACCCCCAUAUCCCAGAUAAUGUCCCGACACCGCCUAACGUCGUAAACAUCAACUCUUUCGCAUCUCCGAACUCAGCGACAAAUGGUAAUUCCGCAGCUGAGGUGCUCGCUUCUAGAUUGGCUAAUGCGCAAGUAACACCACCUCAAUCCGCAGCAUCAAUGUAUCAAUCAGCGCCAAAUGCCUCGCCUCAUCUAGCCUCCCCCAUAUUCGCACACUCACUCAACGCACCUCCGCCCUCAGGCCUAGUUUUCCCACAUCAAGAACCCAUAUCAUCUCUACAUUCGGCUCUAACAGCUGGAAACAGAAAUUAUCCACCACAUCCAUUGUUGCAGAAUCCCUGCAAGAUAGAACCUCCUUCGGCCAACUCGAACAUCGGUGGAGCGACCAGUUCUUCACACUUGGUCAUUGGCCACAACAGUUCAAAUCAGCUCCCAUUUUUACAACACAAUAAUCCCAUCCAACCGAAUUCUCACCAGCUUGAAGGCAUUCUGAUGUGGUAACUAAAUCAGGAAUCAAAAUUGAUUCGAUUGAUACAGCUUGAACGGUUUAGCGCUUUUGAAAUACCGAGUAUCACAAAAGGUGCCAAUGUGUUAUUUGUUCAGGACCCCAAUUGCUCAUUAUGUUUUUCGUUUCUCAACCCUGAAAAUGUUAACUGUUGAUUAUCCGUUGAAACUGCCAAAUUCCAAAGUUUACAAAUUUAUCUCAAAUGCUAUAUAUUACUAUUUACAUAAGUGACAAGCUUUUAAUAUAAUCUUUG